AUGAGCUCUUUUCUCACAACCCUCGGUCUCCGCGGCGCCUCCGCCACAGCCAUUCCAAACUACGCCCCCGCAUUCGUAGGCUUCCACUUCCUCUACGCCUAUGGUGUCCUUUCCUCCCGAACCCUGAAACAAUGGUACGGCAUCGACCACAACGCCUCACCACGCGAAGAUCUCGCAAAAUACGGCGAGGCAGCCGUGCGCGAGGGAAAGAUCACACGGAGACAACUCGAUAUGUUGAAGCGGAAUGAGUCGGCCCAUGCGAACUCGGUUGAGAAUUUCUCGCUUUUGGUCGCGAGUUUGCUCUUUGCUAGUCAUGCCGGUGUUUCGGCGGGGAUUAUUAAUGCGGCUGGACUGUCUUAUACUGUUGCGAGAAUCUGUUAUGGGGCGGUUUAUAUUCUGAUUGAUCACCCGGAGUGGAGCCAAUUGAGGGGCUUGUGUUGGUGGUGGGGAAAUGUGAGCUGUUUGGUUUUGCUUUGGAAGGCCGGGAGGUUACUUGCUGUUUAG